ACUUCUGCAGACACAAAAGCCUGAUGGUGCUGCCAGAAGUGACAGAAAACAACAGAGACGUUAAAGGAGCAGUUUUGUGUCUGAACUAUGAGGAGAGCAGAGCAGCUGUAGGAGACGUGGGAACCGAUGCAAGUUUAUCAUCAGCUCUGACAGAAGAUACGACAUCAGCAGGGUUGGACUUGUGGUGAAAGAGAAGGAGACGGCUGGAUAGACGGGCUUUAGUGGUGCACAUCCAGGAGGUAAACUACAUCAAUGAAGACACCUGGCAUGGCGGUAUUCAAGCAACAGCAAGUGGAGGAUUUCUAUGUAAUUGGAGAAGAACUAGGAAGUGGGCAAUUUGCAAUCGUCAAACGCUGUAUAGAAAAGAGCACGGACGUCGAAUAUGCAGCCAAGUUCAUCAAGAAGCGCCAGAGUCGGGCCAGCAGACGUGGCGUAAGGAGAGAGGAGAUUGAGAGGGAAGUGGACAUCCUGCAGCAGAUCCAGCACAACAACAUCGUAGCGCUACAUGACGUGUACGAGAACCGCACAGACGUGGUGCUCAUCCUCGAACUGGUGUCUGGAGGAGAGCUGUUCGAUUUCUUAGCUCAGAAGGAGUCUCUCAGUGAAGAGGAGGCCACUCGGUUUAUCAAACAGAUCCUAGACGGAGUCCUGUACCUCCACUCCAAGAGGAUCGCACAUUUUGAUCUGAAGCCUGAAAACAUAAUGCUGCUGGACAGGAAUGUUCAUCUACCCCGCAUCAAACUCAUAGACUUUGGACUCGCACACAAAAUAGAAGCCGGGGCAGAUUUCAAAAACAUUUUUGGAACCCCUGAAUUUGUUGCUCCAGAGAUAGUCAACUAUGAGCAACUGGGAUUGGAGGCAGACAUGUGGAGCAUUGGAGUCAUCACUUAUAUACUUUUGAGCGGCGCGUCACCUUUCCUCGGCGACACGAAGCAGGAAACCCUGGGAAACAUCUCGGCGAUGGACUACGAGUUUGACGAAGAGCUCUUCAGCAAUACCAGCGAGCUGGCCAAGAGCUUCAUCAGAAAGCUCCUGGAGAAGGACACGAGAAAACGGAUGACCAUACAAGACGCCCUCAACCAUCACUGGAUUAAGUCCUGCGGCCACAUGGAAGAGGAUAGCGUUGCCCCUGAGAAAGCGGAGCAGUUGAAGACGAAACGUCUAAUGGAGUACACCAUCCAGUCCCACUCCAGCAUGCCCCAGAACAACACAUAUGCCAACUUUGAGCGUUUUGCCCACGUGGUGGAGGACGUCAGUCUGAUGGAGACAGGGCUGUCAGAGGUGGCAGGAGCCCGCCACACUCUGCAGGGUGAUAUAGAAGCGCUGCUCUCCAUCUACAACGAUAAAGAGAGCUGGUACAAGGAGGAGAGCGAGACUGCGAGGAAGCAGCUGUCACAGGUCCGCUACGAGUUCCGUAAAGUGGAGGCCACGAGGAGGCUGCUGCAGGAGGACAUUAAGUCUGUAGAUGCCAGUCUGGAGAGCAUCAGUGGGAAGUACAGCCAGAGGCAGAGUAAGCUGGACGCUCUGAGAGAGGAGCUGAACUCUGAGCUGAAGUGGCUGCAGGAGAUGAUGAGCUCUCUGCAUCCAGAAGGAGCCAACGGCAGCAGCAACCACAGCAGCAGUCUGAAUACGGACGUGAGGCAGGCGCUGAAGGAGCUGCUGCAUCCGUCCUGCAGGAGGGAACUGUGCCCCGAGGCCCAACAGCCACUCACAGAGUCAGGCUAACAAAUAAAAACACACCUUAAAAAUCUAAACGUGUUUUUGAAAAUGAAGCUGUUUGAAUGUAGCACAAACUUUUGAAUGUAUAGUCUCUAUAGUCUUUAUAUUUUCUUUAUUUCAAAUGUUUAUUUUCUUGUGUGAACCAUGUAGUACGAUAGUAGGAAUCGGAAAUUGGCUUAUCUGCAUUCUUUCUGAGUUUGGUGAGAAGAUGGAUACCACUUUCUUGAAGCUACAAACAGGAGAUAGUAAGCUUAGCUUAGCACAAAGACUGGAAACAGGGGGAAACAGCUAGCCUGGCUCUGUCCGAAUGUUAAAAAAAAAAGAAACUGCGUACCAGCACCUCCAAAGCUCAGUGUUACAUCAUGUUUAUUUAAGCCGUAAAAAAAAGUAUAAAAACGACAAAUUGGGGUUUUGAAGUAUAAUUAUGGCACAAUAAUAGUAAUUAUUCUAAAAUGUAAGUGAUAUUUGCAGACAAGUAUGGUCUCGUUGUAUUGAGCGGGUUUGGUAGCUUUUUAUUUGGACAAGAUAAUGAAGAUAAAUAUUAGUUGUGAGUUUUACUGUGUCAUGGCCAGAAGGCUCAAACAGCAGCUCUUUUCAAUGGAAGAAGUUCACAUUUUUUUAAUUGAUUUAUUUUUUCAUUCCAUUUUAUUUUUAGGACUGUAUAUUAAUGUGUAUAUUUUUUUCACAAAGAUUAUCAUUUGUAAAGUUGCAUGUGUUGUCCUAAAUAUGUUGUUUGUGUUUUUGUUGUUGUUGUUUUUUAGAUUAUUUUUCAUUGAUUCAAAUGUGCACUUUUACUAAAGAUUGAAUUUACUUAUUUAUUUUUUUAUUUCUUUCUUGGAGAUGUUUUAUGAGUCAACAGGAAAACCAACAUCUGUGAUAAGAUCACGUGUGUUUCAAAAUGUGUCACCUCCGUACCAGUGUUUUUAGCAUCUCAACAGAUAUUCCUGUUCACGCCUCACACUUUAUGGCCUCUGAUGUGCACACCGACACCACUGUUGUUUAAACACUGAAAUAAAUGUUCACCAUUUA